AUGCUUAGAAACAUCCUCAGUCCUGCUUUCAUUCGUCCUUUAUCUAACCAAAAGACCUUGGCGGUGAGAGCCCUCUCUACUUCAGUUAUUUGUAGACCUGCUGCUGUGGAUGAGCAAAAGACGUAUACUCACAUUUUGACUGAAACCCGAGGCAAAGUGGGUUUGAUUACUUUGAACCGUCCAAAGGCUUUGAAUGCUUUAUGUAGUGAUCUUUUUACCGAAGUCAACGAAGCUUUGCGUGCCUACGAUAACCAAAGUGAUAUUGGUGCCGUCGUUAUCACCGGUUCCAAAAAAGCAUUUGCAGCUGGUGCUGAUAUCAAGGAAAUGAAGGAUAACACAUUUGUUGACACUUACAAGACCAACUUUUUGGGUCACUGGGCUGAAAUGACACAAAUCAAGAAACCCAUCAUUGCUGCUGUCAAUGGUUAUGCUCUCGGUGGUGGUUGUGAACUAGCCAUGAUGUGCGAUAUCAUUUACGCAGGUGAUAAAGCUGUUUUUGGUCAACCUGAAAUCAAGUUGGGAGUUAUUCCUGGUGCUGGUGGUACUCAACGUUUGGUAAAGGCUGUUGGUAAAUCAAAGGCUAUGGAAAUGGUAUUGACCGGUAACGUCAACUUGAACGCCACAGAAGCUCUCCAACUCGGUCUUGUCAGUAAGGUUGUACCAGCGGAUGACCUGGUGGAAGAAGCCGUCAAGACAGCCAGCACCAUUGCUAGCAUGAGUCAACCUUCUGUUCAAAUGGCAAAAGAAGCCAUUAACCAAUCUUUCGAAGUUCCUCUUAGUGCUGGUUUACGUUGGGAACGCAUCCUUUUCCAAUCCCUCUUUGGCACUGCUGAUCAAAGGGAAGGAAUGAAUGCUUUUGCUGAAAAGAGAGCUGCCAAAUUCACCAACAAAUAAAUUGUGCGUACGUUCCUAUGAGUAAUGAAAAAUAGCGUUUAUCAGGCUGCCUUACAUCCCAAACAUGACAGUAUUCAAUAAAGAAUAAAGAAUAAAGGCAAAAAAAAUAAAUAAUAAAGUCAAUAAAUCACUGCCAAGUAUCACGUAUAAGGUGUAACAUCUACACAUCAUGUUCGCAUUAAAACAAGACCUUCUUUGGAGAAAGGAGGAGUGAAAGAGAGAGGGUGAGGCGGGAGUAGGGAGCUCAUCUCAAUGCUGGC